AAAAAUAAAAAAAAUAAAAAACACUGUAGGCCCGGAAAAAGAUGCCUUGCUGGUACUAUGACAAGAAGGAGCUACGUGAGACACCCUCAAUCCUGGAUGGCGUUACAUAUGAAACAGAGCGUCGCUACCGCAAGGAGGGCGCACGGUUCAUCAUGGAAUGCGGCACCAAAAUGGGCCUCGGCCACAAUACAAUGGCCACCGGAGUUGUGUACUUUCAUCGCUUCUACAUGUUUCACUCGUUCAAGAGUUUUCCACGCUACGUUACCGCCUGCUGUUGUUUGUUUCUCGCCGGCAAGGUGGAGGAGACGCCCAAAAAGUGUCGCGACAUCAUCAAAACGGCACGCGGCAUACUCAAUGACAAUUAUUUCUACUCGUUCGGCGAUGAUCCCAAGGAGGAGGUAAUGACACUGGAGCGCAUACUGCUGCAGACGAUCAAAUUUGAUCUGCAGGUGGAGCAUCCAUAUACAUUUCUGCUCAAGUAUGCGAAAUGCUUCAAGGGCGAUCAGCCGAAGCUGCAGAAAAUGGUCCAAAUGGCGUGGAAUUUUGUCAACGAUUCGCUCAGCACGGUCGUCUGCCUUCAAUGGGAGCCGGAAAUUAUAGCCGUUGCUCUCAUACAUUUGGCCAGCAAACUGAGCAAGUUCACGGUGCUGGACUGGCUGGGCAGGCAACCGCAGCACCAGCGCUGGUGGGAUAUGUUUGUCUCGAAUGUGACCAUGGAGAUACUGGAGGAUAUAUGCCAUCAGGUGCUGGAUCUGUAUCAGUCGACGCAAAAGGAAGGCCAGGAGCCAAACAGUCCGCCCCAAAAGCCGCCCAGUCGUGCCGACAGUCCCACAACAACAAAUGUCAAAUCUUUGGCCAGCGGCGAUUGUCCAACGGCAACAGCACAGCCAAGCGGCAAUGGCGGCAUCAUUGGCAUCAACGCCGAACUGAACAAUAUACAGACCAUCAAAUCGCUGGCGCAAGCGGUGCCCGUUGCCGUUGUCUCCAUACCGCCGCCCAGCGACGGACUGCCGCUGCCCACACCGAACACAGUCGGCGGCGCGCCACUGCCACCGCCCAGCAAUCUGAACAGCAAUGCUGCCAACUAUCAUAUGUACCAUGCACCUCCGCCGCCGCCGCCGCCCGUUGUGCCCAUGCCGCCAUAUGCGGCCAAUGCCUGGACGCAGCAGCCUCCACCGCCGACACACUAUACAACAGCGGCGCCGCCACCACCCAUGCCGCCCAACAUGGGACCUGGAUCGGCUGGUGGCGGUCCGCCUGGCUACUACAAUGCUGGACGCCAACAACAGCAGCAGCAGCCGCAGCAGCGGUACCAAUAAAUGUCACGCCUAAAACUUUUUGUAGAAUUCAUUUGUCGCGUUAAAGUUAGGGAGAUGAGCACAUGAAUAAUUAAUAAUAUUAAUAAAGCGUAAUUUUAUUAAAACAAAA